AAGAAAUUAGUGAUUUCGCGGCACUCAUUUCCCGGCGGUUUUACCUAAAUGGCCGCCUGUGUUGCACAUUGGGGCGGUUUAGAUGGCAGUUAAAUGAACGGCCGGUGUUUUCUUUCAUUUGGUGGCGGUUUUUGGUUAAAACGGCCGUUAAUUCCGUGGUAUUGGCGUCAGUUACAUCGGAACAGCCGAGGAUGCUAUGUAAUAGGCGGCAGUUAUGUAACAAACCGCCGGGAACUUAUUAUUUUCCCGUUGGACGACAACGACUACUUUCUUUUCUCUCGCCCACCCAGCCUGGCCGCUUCGCUUGUUAGGGUUUUUUCACUUUCCCUUUUGCCUCUCUCUUCUCUUCCCGGCCAUCUCUCUCCUCUCUCCUUUUCCCGGCCAUCUUUCUCCUCUUCCCGGCCAUCAAUCCAUCGAUCCAUCCGAGUUUGCUGCCUUCGAUCGUUAACCAACACGCCGGCCAUCAACCACUUGUUACAUUCAAUCUCGGCUUUUCACUCAUCUCCACGAGUCCGAUGGUGAGGAUGAUAGCUCGUCUUCUCAAAGCGAAGCUGUGAAAGAAGAGUAUGUCUUCUUUUAUUCUCUUGUUCUCUUGUUCUUCUCUCUAUAUUCAUGGGUGUAUGUGGUUCUCCUCUGUGCUUUUCUCUUGCUCGGUUGUUGAUUGUUGGUGUUGGUCCGAUCGCGGAGAGGAAGGUUGGUGCUUGCUCUGUUUGGGUUUUUCUUGGGGGAAGAUGGAAUGGCGAGGUGGGCAAUGGCGUCAUGCAUGGGUUUUCUUGGUCACUGUGCGGAAUUUUUUUUCCUGGAUUGAUAUUUUCUUACUAUUGGUGGUGGUCGUCUCCAUCAAUUAAGGGGCACACUGAGCCUGUUAAUGUUGACUUGGAUGACAAGAGGUCUUACUUGUUAAUGAUGGAUUUUUCAGAGGAAGAAGUUGCCAUGGCAAUUAAUCAGUUAAACUAUGGUGAUAUAUUGUCAUUCAGUUCACAUUGUAUUGGUGUAAUGGCAAUGAUGAUUUCAACAUAAGUAUGAAGCCUUGUUUUUCAA